AUAAGAGGGAAUGCAAAGGAUUUCUUAACUGGAAUAGUGUGGUGGAUGACAGUCGCUAUCCCUGCCACUUAUACUAAUAGCAUGCUUACGUACAUGCAAAGUAAAUUAGCCAUACAAUUCCGCACUCGCCUCACUAAUUACAUACAUCAAAAUUACCUAUCUGACAUGACUUUCUACGCAAUUGGAAAUUUGGAUGAUCGUAUCAAGAAUGCGGAUCAAUGCAUCACAGUGGAUACAAUGAAAUUUUGUAAUUCACUCUCUGAACUUUAUUCUAAUUUGGUCAAACCGAUUUUAGAUGUAUUCAUCUAUAACCUACAAUUGGUAAAAAAUGUUGGUGGCGAGGGUUUGUUUGGUGUUUCGUUGAUCGUACAUUUAUCAUCGGUCGUUUUAAGAGCCUUGACUCCUUCAUUUGGAAAAAUGGUAGCAGAAGAACAGAGGUUAGAGGGUGAAUUCCGCUUUACACAUUCACGCCUCAUUGAAAAUGCUGAAGAAGUUGCUCUCUAUUCUGGUCACGAAGUUGAAAAGUCCAUCCUAGAUCGUAAUUACUUUGCUUUAAUCAAACAUGUUAAUAGAAUUUUCCGUAAGCGUAUUUAUCAUGGCAUGAUGGAAGAUUUCAUAAUUAAAUAUUUCUGGGGUGCUAUGGGAUUGGUUCUUUGUUCGGUACCCGUUUUCUUUAAUAUAUCUGGUGACAAAAAGGAAAAUCUUGGCUCACGUGCUGAAGGAUUUAUAACCAACCGCAGAUUAUUGAUGAGUUCAUCUGAUGCAUUUGGUCGUAUUAUGUAUUCUUACAAAGAAAUUGCAGAAUUGGCUGGAUACACUGCUAGAGUUUCAGAACUUUUGGAUGUUUUUGAUGAAGUUAAAGCUGGUCGAUUUAAGAAACAACUCGUCUCAUCAGUUUCAAUUGAAGAGAACGUUAAAGUAUUGUCUGGCCGUGGCAAUGUCGUCGUCGAUGAAAACAUAGAAUUCAUCGAUGUUCCAAUCGUUUCUCCAAAUGGCGAUGUUUUGUUAAAAAAAUUGAGCUUCCACGUAAAACCCGGGAUGCACUUAUUAAUUGUUGGCCCAAAUGGAUGUGGUAAAAGCAGCUUAUUUAGGAUUUUGGGUGGAUUAUGGCCUGUUUACGGUGGUACCGUUCAUAGACCAAAUCCAAAGGAUAUUUUUUAUAUCCCACAACGACCUUAUUUAUCACAUGGUAACGUCACUGACCAAAAUUUACAAGAAAUUUUAAAUGUAGUUCAAUUGGGUAAUAUAGUUGAUCGUGAAGGUGGUUGGGAUAAAGAACGUGAAUGGAAAGACGUUCUUGCAGGUGGUGAUAAGCAAAAGAUUGCUAUGGCGCGAUUAUUUUACCAUCGCCCAAAAUACGCAAUCCUGGAUGAAUGUACAAGCUCUGUUGGUUUGGAAGUUGAGAAAAUCAUGUACACACACGCUACUG